AUGAGGAACUACGCUGAUUCACUCAACGAGGACGCUCUCCUAACAGCUUUCAAGACAUUGCCUAAACCUUUCAAUGGAGAGGAUGAGGACAACGUCAAGAAAUAUGCCAGUUUCUUCCAACGCUACGACACCCACAUCAUCACUAAAGUACAAUCAUACGGUGCUCACUAUCAACUUGCAAGUUGUAGGCCUGUCUCCGAGACGGUGUCCCUAAUGUCCCUUCCACUGCACAUAUGGGCUCCUAACACCAACUCAUCUGUUAAUGAUGCCUGGCCGAACGAUGUCAAAGUUGAUUAUGACGGCAUUCUCAGUAGCGGAGAAUUCGAUCCCUCUGUUAGGAACACGGCGCAGUACAAGGACUACCUCCUUAAGCAAAAGCUCGAGUCUGUGUUUGGCGGGGACAAUAAUGCCGCCCAGCAACCCCUUGCCGUGUGGCAGAGUCGUUCUUCUAGAUCUGACGACUGCGAGGAUCGUUGCCGUCGUCAACAUAAAGAUCGCUCCGGCCCCCCCCCCAGCCUGGACGAAACGGACAUUUGAAAGCAUUCGAGGUCGACCACUGGAUUUCCGGAGAAAGGCUUUCCUAACACCGAGAACUUUGCACACUGGCAUUUACUUGUACAAUAGAGGAUAGGAACGCGUGCUGGGUCGUUUGAGAUGGAGGGAAAUGGAGCGUCGAGGCAUGUGCAGGAUGCAGGAUGCAUGACGUGGCAAGUGCCAGUUUAUCC